GAAUUAGGCCCUGAAUCCUUCUGGGAAGCGAUGACUUUCAGAAUUAAGCUGCAUUUACUCAAAUAGAGUCAUCCCAGGUAUGCAGAGCUAAAACUGGUUUCACGGGAGCCCAAGAAUUAUGUCUUCCUGCCUUGCCCUUGGGGCGGCCGUCUUACUCACCGCCUCCCUCUAGUUCCCUGAGCUCCUUAGAAAACCUUCCUUUUUUCCAUCAGAACUGAGACACCAGCAGGGACUUAACUCUAAGGAUCUGGAAGCUGUUUUUGGAUGAGCUUGCAUCACAUUCUGAACCAUAAACAAAACAUUUGCAGGCUCUCUCCAAGGCCUGCCUGCUUCAAGGCUUGACCCUGGGGUUGCUUUUGAAACUCUCAUUUGCCCCCACUGGCUGAGCCAGAGGAAACUUCCAGGAUUCUGGGAGGGCGGUUGCAAGGCCCCAGCACUCAAGUUAAUUCGGAACCAAAAGGGUAAUAAGGUCAGGGUGGUAAAUGGCAAGCACUUUCUAGUUUGAGAACCUGAUGCUAAAACAGAGGGAGGCAUUUUGAGUAUUUCCUCUCUGAAGGAAUGUUGUCCUUAGGCAACAUUUUGGCCCCAAAUCAAGGUUGAGGGUGGGUGGAGUGGUGGGCGGAGUGGUGGGUGGAGUGGUGCUGGCUUGAGGAUGUCUCCGGGCUCCCUUGGAACAAGAGCUCACUGGAACGUGAGGACCCCGGGAGCAGCGGAGCCGCGAUCCUGAGCUGUCCUACAGUCGGUGGAGAGACUGAUGACUCUUUCCAGUGAUAAAUCCUAGUAGCACCGUCGACCUCCUUGGAGACCUUUACCGUCAUAUGUCAGGGAUUCAACUUGAAUAAUUUCAAGUCAGUUGGCAACGCUGCUCUAGCUGAUAAACCAAGAAUGAGACUUCGGGUCUUGGCAAUCCUAACAGUUCUUAUACAUUUCACAGCAGCUUCAAUCAGCAGAUCAUUCAGGGGUAUGGAAAAUGAGGCUUUAUUUGUGAGAUGUCCUAGAGAAGGAAGUUAUCAAUACCCUGUGGAGUGGUAUUACUCAAACACCAACCGAAGUGUCACCACCCAGAAAGGAAAUCGUGUGUUUGCUGCAGGGGAAUAUCUUAAGCUUCUCCCAGCCAAAGUUGAGGAUUCUGGAGUUUACACUUGCAUUGUCAGAAGUUCUACCUUCGUUAAGACUGGACAUGUGAAUGUCACCAUAUAUAAGAAACAACCAGGCUGCAAAAUUCCAAAUGGCCUGAUAUAUUCAAAAACCUUUGGUUCAGAAAAAAAUUCCAAAAUAUAUUGUCCUACCAUUAAGCGCUACAAUUGGACAGCACCUGUUGAGUGGUUUAAGAAUUGUAAAGUUCUUCAAGGAUCAAGGUACUACAUACAAGAGGCUUAUUUGCUGAUUGACAAUGCAACUAACGAGGACACGGGUGAUUAUACAUGCAAAUUUAUGCACAAUGAAAAUGGAGUCAAUUACAAUGUGACAGCAACCAGAGCGUUCGCCUUUCACCAAAUAAUAGCACCUCUACAAAACGAGACCCGGGACGUGGAAGUCGGGAGAGCCGCGGACAUCACUUGCUCCGCCUGCUUUGGGAAAGGCUCGCAGAUAUUGACCGUCGUCGUGUGGCAGGUGAACGGGACCAACGUGAGGAACUUUAGCGAAGCCAGAAUUUGGCAGGAGCAAGAGCAAAAUCAAAGUUCCAGCAGCGCGCUGACCUGCCGGAGCGCCGUCCUGAGGAUAGCGGAGGUGAGGGAGGAGGACCUGCUGCAGAGGUACGACUGCAAGGCCAUGAACCUCCACGGCUGGCGAAGGCGCUCGCUGAGACUCAGGAGGAAAAAGCCAAUUGAUCGUCAAAGCACCUACUACAUGCUUGCUGGAUUUGGCAUAUUGUUAAUGCUAAUUAAUAUCAUGAUGAUAAUGCUGAAGGUGUUCUGGAUUGAGGUUAUUCUUCUCUGGAGGGACGUAGCGAGGCCUUACAAAGCCAGGAACGAUGGGAAGAUCUACGACGCUUAUGUUAUCUACCCACGGACCCACAAGGACAGUCCGGAGGGGACCUGUUCUGUGGAGUACUUUGUUCACCAGGUUCUGCCCGACGUUCUUGAAAAUAAAUGUGGCUACAGCUUAUGCAUUUAUGGGCGAGAUCUGCUACCUGGAGAAGACGUGGCCACGGCGGUGGAGACCAACAUCCGAAAGAGCCGGCGGCACAUUUUCGUCCUGGCGCCCGCAGCGGCGCACAGCGAGGAGCUGGCCUACGAGCAGGAGGUGGCGCUGCACAGCGCCCUGGUGCAGGGCGACGCCAAGGCCAUCCUCAUCGAGGUGCUGGCUCCCGGCGGCCUGCAGCUCGCGGGGCUCCCCCGGUCCCUGCAGCACCUGGUGCAAGUCCAGGGCACCAUCAAGUGGCGGGAGGACCACGUGGCCAACAAGCGGUCCCUGAAUUCCAAGUUCUGGAAGCGCGUUCGGUACCACAUGCCUGUGCCCAGCAAGCCUCCCUGCAAGACGGCCCUCUCGGCUCCCUGAAUGGCUCCCGGAUGUGCGCAUGCGCCGGAGUUGCACCUGGGACCGCCUAGGGCCGGCCCUAGGGGGUG